AUGCUAAAAACUUAUGAUGGCGUUGAACUUUACAAGGACGACGAAAAGGCUGAGCAUCUGUCCAAGUUCUUUCAGUCGGUUUUUACGAGAGAAGUCGCUGUACCCACUGAUCACUGUAAUGUGGACAAUGUCCCGACAAUUGACUCAGUGGUUCUUAAAAAACCUAUUGUUCAACAGGAAUUACUGAAGCUAAAAGAAGGGACUUCGCCCGGUCCUGACGAAUUACCGGCAAAGUUGUUGAAGGAAUUAGCCACAGAAUCGGUAGAACCUCUGAGCCUCCUCUUCCAAGCCUCUCUUGAUGCAGGCAGACUGCCUCCUGAGUGGAAGACUGCGUGGACUUCACCGAUUCAUAAAAAUGGCAGUCGCGCUUCCGCAAACAACUACCGGCCAGUAAGCCUCAAUUCCAUAUGCUGCAAAGUUAUGGAUCGAAUUAUCAAACGCGAACUGAUGUGGUUUUUAGAGCAAAGUCAUCUUCUGUGCGAUGCACAGCACGGUUUCCGCAGAGGGAGGUCCUGCUGUCUUGAACAGUGGACCCGAGCGAUUGAUGAAGGAAACGUUGUGCAUGUGGCCUACAUAGACUUCAAGAAGGCCUUUGACAGCGUGCCACACCAACGUCUCCUAUACAAGCUCAGCCGCAUAGGGGUAAGAGGCAAGCUUUUGAAGUGGAUUGAAAACUUUUUGGUCAGUCGGUCCCAGACUGUUCGUCUUGGUGGCCAGCAAUCGGCAGAGGUGACGGUUACGAGCGGAAUACCUCAGGGUUCCGUUCUUGGCCCUAUCCUCUUCCUCAUCUAUAUUGAUGACUGUAUCCAUGGAUUGGACUGCAAAAUUGCCAUGUUUGCUGACGAUAUAAAGCUUUGGACCGUCAUCCGCAACGAGGACGAUGAAGCAAAUUUACAGGCAAACUUAGACCGACUUGAACAAUGGUCAGGCCACUGGCUCCUUCCAUUUAAUGUUACCAAAUGCAACAUUCUGAGGAUUGGCAGAACCAGCUCUGCGCACCGACAGACGUACUAUCUAAAUCACACACCGCUGCCAGUGGUAGAGGUUCAGAAAGACCUAGGGGUGUGGAUAACAUCUUCACUAAAGCCAUCAUUCCACUGCUUGAAAGUAGCGAAAUCCGCAAUGUCCAGCUUAUAUCUCAUUAAGCGGGCAUUUGCAAAGUUCGACGAAGAGUGCUUUCGCAAGGUCUUCAGGAUGUUUGUGCGCCCACAGUUAGAAUUUGCCAUUCAGGCCUGGAGACCCUGGACUGUUAAGGAUCGUACCACCCUCGAAAAAGUCCAACGACGGGCAACCAAGCUUGUCAGAGGUCAUAAAAACCUACCUUACGAAACCAGACUUUCAAAUCUUAACCUCUUUUCCCUGGACUACAGACAACUCCGUGGCGACUUAAUUCAAACGUUUAGAGUGUUACGGGGUCAGGACUGCUGCCUCGCAUCCGGCGACUUCUUUGAGCUGGCCACCACUACUAGCUUGAGAGGACACCCUCUGAAACUACGUGUGGCAGGAGCGAGACUGGACGCAAGGAGGUCCUUCUUCAGCCACAGAGUGGUAAAGGCAUGGAACGCCCUGCCUGUGGAUGUCGUCAUGUCCUCAUCCGUGGACUCAUUUAAGAGAAAGCUUGACCAGUACAGGGAUAUGUACCUCCACAGCAUCAGAAACUAACGAAUUCCCCCCUUUGCCACCCGCCCCAUCCAACGUUUUAUGUUACAAAGCAUGCUACUCCCUACAUUUUAGUAACAUUAUGUUUUACAAUUUUCGCUAUCUCCUGACCGCCACAUAUGCGCUUGCUUUGAUAUUACUUGGUCCAUUCAGUACCGUAUUGGAUAUUUUACAAUUUUGACAUAGAAGGCAUUCACAGACAAAUUCAUACAAGUGACCAAUGCUCGUUGUAUGUAAUUGCUUACCUAAUUUUUUUCACACUUACCUCACACAUUGUUUUUUUUAUGACGUUAUUGUAACCAAAAGGGAGUUCAAAGGCGCUCGCCUACUUUUCCCUUAAUAAAUCUGAUCUGAUCUGAUCUGGUCAUUGUGACAUCCUUUCAUCUCCGUGAUCAUGCGCCUAUUGUUUAUUUUGCAGUUGGUAAAGCUAACGCGUUGUUUCCUCUUUCCAAGGACAAUUCUAUGCGAAUUUCAUGAGCUUUACGCAAGCUGACGACCUUUCACCUUAGCUCAUUCCGUUUUAGACGGGGUCCUUCGAAAUGUACGGAUUUAUCUGUUGCUGCCUCCCCUUCCAAACUUUAUUAUAUUUGCAUACAUCGUCUUUUAAGUUUAAUAUAAUAGCAGUUUUAUUGUUUAGCGUCCGGAGGGAUCUAUCGUUAAACAAUUAGGACUACUUCGAAUGAUAAAAUAUCAAUAAAAAAAUACUGCGUUAAGGAUCUACGUGAGCAGUCUUCUGUACAAUGAAAUUUGGGAAUUAUGUUAGUUACAUAAGGUAAGCCUAUGACGUCCACUGGCGAUUUGCCCAUCCGUACAUGAUACCUGUAAUGACAAUUUUCACGAGUUCCAAACUGGAAGUCUUUAGACAGAAGUGUGAAUUGUCAGAGAGAAAGAGAAAAAAGUUCUAAAUUUGGAGUGUGCGGGGAGUUAAGGGUUCCGCACUUCCGGUAAAAUAUUCCGGAGGAAAACGCGCUUCAAGACGGGAUGUGGAGGAGCAGGGAGAAUUCAUUCCGACGGCAGGAGACACAUAUAAAUACAGAUAAGCAGGCAAGAAUGAAACCUCCUUGCAGUGCACAUGGAAAUGCUAGGAUGUGGGUGGACCUGAGGUGGGACCGCCAAUGGGGAUGGAGACACGAAAUCUUAUCGGCCAGGACGGAAUUAUCGUCAGGGUGGAUGGCGAGUGAAACGGAGGCGGUUCAGAACGCGUGCGCACAAAACUCUGAUUUUCUGCUUGAAGAGUGGGUUAGGGAGACAACUGUUUUUCGUGAAUUUUGCCUGGGACUAGACUGAGAAAGGUGGGGUUUCUGAUGAAAGACCAUGAAAGUUGAAACCAAACACAGAGAGCGAAGUGCGAGCGGACGAGGUGGUUUUAAGAUGGUCUUUUAAUACCCGGAUAGCUCUUUUUCAAAGUCAUGGGGAAAGCUUCUCAAGAAGGAUGGGGUAAAUAAAAGGUUAGUCACACCCUUACUAAGACAAGUUUAAUCUUCUCUCAAAAACAGAUAAACUAACUAACGAUCAUAUAUCGACUGACAGAUUAUCCCAAAAGAAUGCAUAUUAGGAAGAAAAGAUGAGAGAGAGCCCCUCGAGAUGUGCGGAGCGGGAGAUUUAAUGAAUAAGUAAGAAUUACGAAAGCUUUUUAGACAACUAGAAUGGGGUAAGAAUUGGAAUCGGAGGAAGAUUUAAACUACCCUUAGUGCGUAAAAGGAGACAGCGGCCAGCAUUCAGCCUCCGAACCCGAGGAAACUUGAGAUUAGUUAACUGGGAUCUGUUCGGGUCGGAAGUGUCGGAAAGUACCGCACAUAAGAAUUUCACAGAAAAAUGUCUUUGGAUAUUUUCGAUUUUAGGUCGGCUAGACUAGUUCGUCAAACCAAAGAAUGGACAGCAAUAUUCAAGAAUAAUAAGGACAAGCAUUCUUUAAAGUUUUUGUUUGAUUUUGGAAAGGUAGGAAUUGUAAGAAAUAAAGCACAAACAUUGGCAGCUCUGACAGUUAUUAUAUCGGCUUGCAGUGACAAAUCUGGAUUUUUGGUGUAGUUUAAACCUUGGUCCUUGAUAAUGGAACAUUCACUUAUAGGAGCACCUUAAAAAUCAUUGUCUAGGGUAGUCCUUCUGGUCUAAAAUAAAUGUAGUGAUAUUUCAAAGGAGACAAGUCAAUUAGCAGUUCUCAGUCCCAUUCCGAAAGAGAAAGAAAACCGAAAGGGAACUGCUCCAGGCUGUGCUGGGCCGUAGAUUUCGAGAAAGCCUAUAUACGGUUGUGAUCACCAGUAUAUAAUAAAGAUCAAACGUGUUUACCUGCUGGUGUUUCAUAAACAUGAACUAAACAUUGUACAGUGUUUGCCUACCCGUUCUAAGAUCCUCUCAAAAGCGGUUUUUACCCACCAUAAUAAUGCCCAAAUAGAACAAUUUAUCUAUUCAAUUCAAAACAAGAAAAAAGAGAACUUAGCACGUUACCUUGGAAAACAAAGUUAAUAAUGGGGCCCUCAUCUGAAAAUGAGGACGAUCCGCCUGUCAAACUCAUUUUGGGCAGUUUAAUUUAAUUAAUUUAAUUCCUCCGCGUUAUAUCAUGCGUGUCUUCAACGGUAAUGGUUCACGUUACAGCCGAGUUUUUAGUAAGCGUGUAUAGUCACUAUAUCAGCGACGGUUCACUCCUUUUCGCAGCAGACAUUCUUCGACAGGGGGUCAACGGAACUUCCAGGAAAGAAGAAGGGCGUUCGAGCAUUGGAACAGUUUGUUUAUCUUUCUGAGCUCUCUAAAUCGUGCAGGAGUCCACCGUCAAAGAUGACAGCAGCAGCAGCAGCAGCAGCAGCAGAACUAACGACGGUUUUUAGCUGAUGUUAACCAAUGAACGGCCACUUUCGCACGUCCGUUGGGGACUACGUCGGGCUUUGUAUACCGGCGCCAGAUUGAUACAUCGAUUGAUCGAAUUUCCAUCCGAAACCCAGACUGCGCGUAAUUGUCAACAAUUGUUCGUUUGGGUCCUCUGGUUGUGGGGGGGGAGGGAGGCAAACACUUAUAAAUCAGCCUAUAAACACCCUCGGAUAGCAAUUCCGCAUAGAGUCAUUGAGGAUAUCGCGGGUCUCAGGUUUUUACUUCUUUGGGUUGCCUCAAUUAAUCUGAAUACCAAUAGAGAUGGUUCUCAUUCGGUUUCGUUUCGAGCCAUCGGGUGGCUGCUGUGAAAACCGAGAAUUUAUACUUUAUUUGUUUUCCCUAAAACCGCGUCUCACUUCCGGCGGUAGAACUUCGACUGACGAGAAUGUCGAGGGUAGGCAGCGACUGUUUUUGGCUGUGCGACAGAGUUACGAAUCAUCGUAAGUGACUGCCUGCAUCUUUGAAACGGGUUGAGAGUUAAACUCCGUAGUCACCAAGACGAUCGAGUACGCUGAGAGCAAGACAAGCCGAGAAUUGCUUGCACUCCGAGUUUCGGGUGAGAACUCAGUCGCUCGAUGCAUCAAUCUGGCGCCGGCAUACAGAGCCCUGUGUAUUUCCCUACAAACCUGUGAAACAGACCGUUGGUUGGCUGAUAUUCCCUUAAAACCGUCUUUAGUUUUAUUGUGGCCGUUAGGAUUUCUAACACUGGACUCCUGCGCGAGUACAAGAGCUCAAAAAUAAACAAAUUCUUUUGGGGCUCAAGCAGUCUUUUUCAUUCUUACUAAUGCACACACCUGGAACUCGAACAAUAACUUGCAUUCAAUAAAAUGUCGGGUGUCUCCAUUUGUUUCGUGCUCAGACAGUUGUCCCACAGGAGGAUAAGACAGUCAGUCCCACAAUGCGGCGUUUUGGGUUUACUUUCGUCGGCACCAUUCCAGCCUUCCGUAAAGAUGAGAUCAUGGAAAUAGUCAUUAGCAGAUCGUAGCGGGUUAUUUAUCCGAAUACAAAGCUUAACGCUGAUGCUAGCCUUCAAAUUAGUCUAUCCUGAAUCAUAUUAGAGUCCUUUGUUGGCCAAUCAGAUUACCUUUGUACCUAUCCCGCAAGCCUUGAAAGCAGGCAGCUAGUACUGGUCAUUGAAACGCUUCUUCGAAUAAUGGAAUUAUCGUUUCCAGUACAGCAGCGCUCAUCCCGCGUUUUAGGUCAAUUCUUCCAUCUUUACAUUCCCAAUCGAAUCUCGGCACGUGUGCCCCCCUUUAACGCUUAAACUCACACAGUCCCCAGUAGCACUUGGGCCGCAAUGCACCGCUGCAUCUAUUCAGUUCAGUUCAGUUUAUUGGGGGAAAUAGGCGUAAGCUUUUGACUACCAUAUUUACGAUGUAAAAAAUGUGUGCUAUACAGAUAAACGUUUGACGCUGAAAUAGUUCAAACGAGCCCAUAAUGGUAAGACAAAAUGAGAACGAGUUACAGAGGAUGAGCUCGAUCGCUCGUUGUUCUUGGUCAUUUAGGAACAUAAAUAUGUUCAGGUACUUUCUAAAAAUUUGUAUCGAUGGUGAAAUCACAAAAUCUACAGGGAGGGCAUUCCAUUGUUUGACCACUUGGGAACAGAAGGAGAACUUGCGCACGUCCAGCCUUGCCUGCUGAGUUCGCAGUUUAAAUGAGUGACCUCGGAGUUUGGUCGUGGUAGCAAAUUCAAAAAGUCCUCAAAGGCCAGACUGCAAUCCAACCCCUUUACAAUGCGGAAGGCUUGCAAGAGAUCCCCGCGAAGUUGCCUGUAACUCAAAAGAAAGAGGUUCCGAUUUGCUAGGCGGGUUACACAAGGAAAGGAGCUUUGACUCCUAACCAUCUUCGUGGCUCUCCUCUGGACUCUUUCGAGGCAGUUUUGAUCCUCAACCGCCCACAGUCUCCAGGCUUGUAUACCGUACUCCAAAUGCGGCCGGACGAAUUUUCCGAAUGUCUUUGAGAAGGCAUCUUCGCCAAAUUCCAUAAACGCUUGGGUGGAAUCUCGUUUGGUCCUGGCGACUUCCAUUCGCCCAGCGCCUCUAAUUCUCUUUGAACAACACCUGAGUAGAGUAUAUUACCUUUGCUUGAAGUUCGACAGUUCGAAAAUUUGAAGAUAAGUGGAGGAUAGUAUUUUAAGUGGUUUUUCUUUGAGACCUAACGAUUUUAGCCCUUGUUUUUUGUUAAAUUUCCUUCAAUACACGCCAAUCCACUCAGAACAGCCUGUCUCCAUCUCCUUUUUGAGUUCUCCUGAUUUGUGCCUGUUGAUCACUAGUCGCACUCUGUUAUUCACAUUUUGUGCGUUCGAUUUCUCUCUAACUGUGUAAUUUUACAUCGCUAGCCUCUAGCUGAAAUUCAGUCACCUUGUCUGCCACAAGUUUUCUUAAUCACAACUUGCCUCGAGACGAGAUCAGAGUGAAAGUCACAGGUCGGCGAAAGCUCUCGGCUUCUGUACGUAAGCAUGGCUUAACUAAAUCUAAGUCCGAAGGCUUACCUAAAUCUACUUCGGAAGGCUUACCUAAAUCAAAGUCAGAAGAUAUAACUAGUCAGUCGUCACCCGUUUUAACCGGUUGGCAGCUUAAUCUGUCUGCACUUGACAACUGCAAUGACGUCAUGCAAAAAAUUGGCACUCUGCUGUCAAUUCUUGGGAAAUUAUUCGACAGGAACAUCCCCGAUAUUCUCUCUGAAGAAUGUAGGCGUCUUGACUCACGUAUUCACAUGAUCGCCAGUGAAUCUAGUGAUAGACAAAGGCGUGCUUACAACUUCUUCGAUCUGCUCGGCCAAUUGAUGCUGCCACCAAUUUCCAGUAUUCGUGCGGUUUCAACUACAAAAUAGCCGAUGCUAAAGGCUUGUCCUCCCGUAACAAAAAUCCACCCGUCUUAGUCAAAUUAUUUUCACCCAUCGAGGUUGACACAAUCUUUGCCCAUCGAGAUCCUGUGUCAUGAUCUUACUCCUAUGGAACGUCGAAUCGGGUCUCUCUCCUCACGUGAACCCACUGCUUCUCAGACUAAUGCUCACCAACUCGGUCGUAGUAGGAGUGGCCGUGAGGAUUCAGCUUGUACUACUUCUGCGACAUCUGGCUCCAUCCUCCCCUUACUCCUACAUCCCCAUCUCACUCAGGUCACUUGACGCAUUUGCCUGUCCCUAAACUGAUAGCAGCAGCAGCCCCAUUUGUCGUUUCGUAUCCUCCGAAUAGCCCCCCUGGGAAGCAUGAAAAUCCGUCUACAUCAGCUAGACCGAUAACUUCCCCUGGUUAAAAGGGUGCUGCAAGCUCUACAGUUAAAUCACGUGUGGCUUGGCGUCAGAACGGUGAGGCUCCAAAACUGAAUCAGACUCCGACCGAAAAGAAAGGUAGUACAGUUCCAUUUAAGGGUACGACGCCUUCUCUUAGAUUUGCCAAGCCUUUACAGCCCGGCUUGUUUACAAACCUCGCAGCCCCAAUUAUAUCCCCAAAUAAUUCUCUGUCCUGUGUACCGGUUACUUAAGAAAGCCCUACUACAUAUCCAGCAAAUAAUUCAUACGUGAAUGGCCCUUAGUCCUUUAUGUCCCAAUCUAGUUCAGGCUUCCCACCACUUAAGGCAAAUUGCUUUCAGGUAAGUCAACCUACCUCCUUUGACUGUCAACCUAAACCUGGUUUCCCACCCUUUUUGUUCUUAUAGCUGCCUACCCUCCCCCCACCAGCCUCGUCUUUCCUUCUAGGUUUCCUCCACCUCCCCUUCCCCCACAAUUUAAUUACCAACAAACCUAUCCAUGUUCUAACUCCCCUAGCAUUCCAAUUUUCGAAACUUUUAUCUCCAUAUCCUUUACGUCUUAUACUCAGCCUUCUCUUACUGACUCCCCGUACGUCAAUAUCUCUAGACUAACAGGUACUUAUUCUGCAAGCAUCAUAAAUUCGCAGCGUCCAUAUCGUCCUCCGAAUUUUUUUAAAAGCCCUCGACAAUAGUAUUGCUGUUCGAAACACGUAAGAUAUUAUAUUAUUGAAUGCCAGGUCUGUUAUAAACAAGAUGGUCCAAAUCAGAGCCAUUGCUCUCGAAAUGACGCCUGAUAUUAUCUGUGUAGCAGAAUCUUGGAACCAUUCUCUAAUUCCUGACUCUGCCCUUCUCAUAGCUGAUUUCGAUUUUCACCCUCAAGACCGCACGACUAGGCGUGGGGACGUUUAUCUUCUUUAUCUUAGAUCCUACUUUAAGCACUCUCCCCAUUACUUGGAUGUUUCCCCAUUUACAAGAAACAUCUGCUUUGCAUCUGUUAUUCUAUCACCGCAAAGACAGGCAAUUAUUGGCUGUAUCUACAAUCCCCAAAAUUCUUUAGCCUGUGAUGAUUCAUAACUCCGUGAAAUCUUUAAAUUAGUUUCGGAAGCUGCUUUCGAUGUUAAAAUAAUCACUGGGAUUUAAACUUUCCUGAAAUAGACUGGGUUUCCAAUAUCUGUCCACCUAGAUUACAGUCCUUUCCAGAUAAUGCUAAUUUUUCUAACUGGUGAAAUUGAUGCGCUCUCCAACAAGAGAUAAUCACAUUUAAGAUCUAAUUCUUUACCAAUGACAUUGCUCCUCUUUUUGUUGUCUUAAAAAGGACCUCUUUGACAGUGGCCACGAAUUAAUUCCUUGUUGCUUACCGCCUGCCUUUUCAAAGAAGAUCAGCGCCGUUCGGACUUGCAUUAACUAUGAUUGCGUAGAUAACGACUUAAAAAUAACUAUAAUAGAUCUUUGGUUUGGUGUGGCUUUUUCUCCUAUAGCGAUGCAACCAUUCUUCGCGACGCCAUCUACAAUUUUUUCAAGAACAUCCUAGAGUUUGUGCCGCGUAGAUAUCUCAAGCCUACUUCUUCAGAUUCCCCUGUUUCUCAUUGUCUUCACAACAGACUAUAACGUUGAGACGGUAUUUGCGUGACUCAUCCACUAGUUCCUUAUCAGUUCAUCUUAGAAUCAUAGAGAUUUUUGAGAUGACCUCAAGGGUACGCCAAGCGCACGACAGGCAAAGAGAAUCACUUGCCCUCAGUGAUUCGAACCCUGGCAAAUCCGUCGCCAACAUCUUCCGUCAUCGGUCCUCCUCUAAGCGUGGUCAUGAAAUUCCACCCCUGCUAAAUGACAACAAAGUCUUCCUCAUCGAUGACACUGACAAGGCGGAGUUGAUUAAUGCUUUCUUUGCAAAACACCUUAAUACUGAGUCCGAACUGGUCCCUUUCUUUCGCUUGCUUUCAGACAGGACACUGAGUACAAGUCGAUGUCUCUUUAUAUCUCAUUAAGAAACACAUACGUAGUUUGAAAAACUCAAGCUGCUCAGGAACGGACGGAAUUCCCAACUGGAUUAUUAAACUGGUAUCCGACCUUCCCAUAUUGCUUAGUCGAUUAUUCUCGGUUAAUACUUCAAAAGGAUUCCUUCCUGAAACAUGGAAAACGUCAAUUAUCUUUCCCGUCUUCGUGUUUACAUAAUAUUGCCGCGUUUUAUGGAUGUGAUUUCGAUUCCCGAGACGCAGCAUGGUGCAUUUGCUCAAAAUGAAGGACAGGAGCCAUAUGUGGGACCACUUGUCCAAUCGAAGAAGAUUUUCUUGACAGUUGGUUCCGUCGGAAGCAUCGUGGAUGAAUUUCCAGAUUUUAAUAUCAUCUGUGAACAUGAAACAAUCACAGUCCAGCUCCUCUACACAAUCGUUAAUAAACAGGAGCACUUAGCCUUGUGGGACUCCACUCUCUAUGGAAGUGUGUCAGGAUUGUUGUUGCCAAACGUAGACAAUCUCGGAACGGUCGACGAGAAAAUUAUCGAUUCUUUUGAGACGUUUACUUCUGAUAACUAUCAUUCUCAAUCUGUAAAGCAGACGAUGGCGCGGACCACUGCCAAACGCCUUCAAGGAAUAAAUAAAGGUCACAUGCACAGGGCGUCUUGCAUCAAGUGCUCAUGAUCGGCUUUGCAUUGCGUAAGGCACUUUCGUAACACAGGAUUUUCCCCUAUGAAAGUAAAUUGUGCAUUGGACAAGAAGUUGCGAAUUUUUAAAUAACCCGUAAACUCCUUUUUGAUGAUCUACUCCAUGACUUUGCCACAGAUUGAUGUCAGACUGACGGGUCUGCAGCUGAGCGCAAGUAUACGAUUACCAUCCUCGCAAAGUGGCGUAAUGCGGCCCGUUUUCCAGUCUAUGGAAAGGAUUCCUGCAGAGAACGAAAGAACAGUGGAUUGGCCAACUUUCAAGCAAGUUAUUAAGGCAAUUUUGCUGGAAUCUCGUCUAGACUUACACUCCUUCAAGAUUUUUAGUUGUUUAAAAAACACUUCUUUCUACUCAAAACGCAAUGUUUUCAACGAUCGGAUAUUCCAUGCUCUCCGAACUAGGUGGACUAACAAUUUUGCUGGUCUCCGCCUUUAGGCCCCAGAAAGUUCGAUGACUUUCUUGAGGCUGUGGAUGUUGGGAUGUGGAAUCAGGUUGUUGAUUUUCCCACCCGAGGCUCAAGUAUACUUGACCUAAUUUUCUGUAGAGGCUGCUUGCCAUCGUCAGUGUCAUCCCUAGGCCCACUCGGGGACUCAGACCAUGACACAGUUGUUUCAACGUUGGAAUUCGAGGCUGACGAAAUGUCGUCCCAAAAGUAUAACUUUUUCCGCGAUUUCCGAUCAACUCGCUCAACCGAAUUAUUAACACACCUUAAUUCCUACGACUGGACUGAUUUCUUCCUUAGUUCGGAUGUAAAUGUUUGCACUGCAAAUCUGUACGAAAUUUUGGAUCCGCUUAUUUCUCGUCUUUGUCCCCCGUAAGAAAAUUAUUAAUGUUGGGGAUGAGGUUUUCCUACCCUUACCCUUUCGUCGCAGAUUGAGCAGACUUUAUCGUCGUUUCCAUCUGCAGAACGAUGUUUCUGUUCUGCCCUUGAUUUGUGAUAUUUUUGAUCGAGCUAAGAGAUUGUCUGAAGAAAAACAGCUAGCCGAAGAGGUCCAGUUUACCGAAAACCAUUCGUUAAAUGUCUCGAAACUUUCCUCUAUAAAAAUACGAACUCAGAGAAAGACGCAGUAUCCCAUCCUUCGAGACGAUCUCGGAAAUCCCAUAGUUGAUGCCCAAUUAACCGCGGAUAGCUUCAAUGAUUUCCUGUCCAAAACGUUUAUUGAAGACUCGACCACUCCGCUUGCGACCAUCCAGUCAUUGACCGGGGCAGUUCUAGAAACUAUAACUUUCACUCUGUGGGAUGUGACUGUUGCGAUUCGGCGUUUUCGUCCAUCUUAUAGUCCAGGCCCUGAUGGUGUCCCAGUAAGCAUUUUAAAAGCCGAUGCAAACACGAUCUUCCCAUCCCUCUUAUGCAAGAUAUUUAAUCUUGCUCUUGAAAGUGAAACUUAUCCAACCUUGUGGAAGGAAUCACACAUUUUGCCCAUUCCUAAGCACGGCAAAUCUACAUCAUUUGAUGACUUUCGGCCAAUAAACACCCUCCCCGCAGUUUCGACACAUUGAUCAAAGAUAAGAUGAUGCGUCACAUAACAGCGAAUAACUUACUGAGUGUUGCUCAGCAUGGAUUCCUCAAAGCUCGAUCUUGUAACACCUGUCAACUCUCUUUCUUUGACUAUGUUCUCCAAUCUAGGGACCAUGGUUUUGCUCUUUAAACGAUCAAAAUUUUCAUUGGCGCUGGGAGGGCGAUAGACGCAGCAAAUGAGUAGGGAGAACUUUUUUUAGUGCAACCUGGAGCCAACAGCUGCCUUCUUUUGCGGAAAAGUGCGGGAGGUCCAACGGCAAACAUGUAAGUGUUUGCUUAACGUAGACGCAGUUGCCCCCACCACGGCUAUCUUGGCGAUCAUUUCGAAUGCAUUUGUAGCCUAGAAGAGAGAGUUCGGAGUCAGCUACUGAGGCUGAUGCCCACGUCUCAGUUACUAAAACAAUAUCAGGACAAUGGUGUCACUUAACAGUGAAUAACUUGCUGAGUGCUGCUCAGCAUGGAUUCCUCAAAGCUCGAUCUUGGACACCUGUCAACUCUCUUUCUUUGACUAUGUUCUCCAAUCUAGGGACCAUGGUUUUGCUCUUUACACAGUAUAUUUCGAUUUCACUAAGGCUUUUGACCGUGUUGACCAUGCUCUUCUCCUCUUGAAAUUGUCCUCUUUCGGAAUAGGUGGCAAACUUUUGAAUUUUAUAUCCUCUUAUUUGGGCACUCGCACACAACGAGUUAAGAUUUCCAAUACCAUCUCCAACCCCACACGUGUGAGGAGUGGAGUCAUUCAGGGCAGUGUACUCGGCCCGCUUUUAUUUUGCCUUUUCGUUAAUGAUGUACCCGAUUUAUUUCAGAAUGGUAAGCCUUUCAUGUAUGCCGAUGAUCUUAAAGUUGCAUAUCGAUAUAAGCCGGCAGAUCAUGACAUCGUGCUUGAGCUCCUAAAUAGCGAUCUACAGGCUUUCGCCCAGUGGUGCCGCACAUGGCGCCUUUCUCUUUCUUGGCAUAAGUGCUCAGUCAUGGUGGUUGGCGACGACCACCAACCUCAACUAAAUAUUGAAGGUCACUCCAUAAAUGUGCCCAGGGUUAUAAAGGAUUUGGGCGUAUCAUACUCCAAGAGUCUCAAUCUCUCGGAGCACUGUGCCUUGAUAGUCUCCAAAGCACGCAGAACGACCGGGUUUAUCCUCCGAAAUUUUAAAACUAGGGAAAUAAGAAUGCGCCUUUUCAACAUGUACGUUAGACCUGGCCUGGAAUACUGUUCGUUUUCAUUUAGCCUCAUGCGUGCUACUGAGCGGAAGAAAAUAGAAUCCGUUCAACACUUUUUUUACCAAGAGAAUUUUAACCCCGGAACACCGACAUUUGUCUUACCAAGAACGUUGCCGGCUUACAGGCCUCGAUCAGUUAUGGUUCCGUAGAUUACAAAAGGGACUAUUUUUGCUAUUUAAACUCUUAUAUAAUCACACAUUUAACCCACUCACCUCUUUAAGACAUCAUAUCCACCCACGACGUAACAGUCACCGUGAGGUCAUUUUAUUUCUGCCUCUGGCACGUACUGUUAAAUAUCGUCGGUUCUUUUCUGUAAAUGCAAUUGUUAUUUGGAAUAUACUACCCAUGAGUGUAAAAACUCUGCAAAAUUUUCCUUUACUUAUGAGAACUAUUACUCGAUUUUUGCAUUCAGAAAAGCUCCCACAAAUUUUGGGUGCUGAAAACUCUGAUGGCGUUUGUGGUCUCUAAACACUAUGGCCGGUCUCACCAGCUGUUCCUCAACGCCUCUAAUUUGCCUAUCCCCAACUUCAUGAAAGGAAUUUGACGUCCGGUAAUCUCCGAUACCGUGAAACCUCCCCCCUUCUUGACGGGGAUGGCGUUUGUGGUCUCUAAACACUAUGGCCGGUCUCACCAGCUGUUCCUCAACGCCUCUAAUUUAGCUAUCCCCAACUUCAUGAAAGGAAUUUGACGUCCGAAAAUCUCAGAUACCGUGAAACCUCCCCCCUUCUUGACGGUCGAUAUUCUACCACCGCCGGCAGUUUUUUCUCCUGAGCCCUCCAAACAAUAAAACCACCAUCAACUAUAUUUUUAUCCCUUUAGCUCAGGAGUUUUUUUUCACUGCCGGUCGGAUUUAUGUUUAAACGCCUCCCUUGACAAUGCCUGUAAACUGGCAUUAAAUAAAAAUUUAUUUAUUCAUUUAAAUUUAUUUAAAAGAAGCGAAGAGGCGAGUACCAGGAAAUAGUCGCGAAUAAAAAGAAACGAUCCCUGGAACAGGAGUUUUGUUUGCCUGACGUUUUGGAUUCUCCCUCGAAUCCAUCAUCUGAGACAGAGUCAGAUAGGGGUGGUAAAUUGUCUAGGUGUUGCAGUAUUUGUAGGAUGUAGUUGCUAGGUCGAUACAUGCCUAUCGCAGUUGGCAGCCCCCGAGUGCAUCACUUCCGACUGGCCAGGUGUUGAAGUACGAAAUUGUCGUGAACUUGCUAUGCGCUUGUGUGCCGAUCAAGAUUAUCGAUUCCCACGCUCAUCGUACGCAGUCAAGUUGCUGACGGCCGGAAUUCGUCAUGCGUUUGGACCUUUGGGCAAUUUGGCUCGCCAAUAUUGACACAAGGAACAGUGGUCGUCCGGAUGAUGUCCUCACGGCUAACUAAUUUGCCUAAACAAAGCCUCAGCGGCGAAUAUGGAGGGGGAGGUCCUUGUCCUUGUUGAUUGAGAACCGGAAAACCGUGACUUGACCAUUUCGCGACUCUCGCAGUUGACACCUCUAACAAGAGUUUCCGCUUUUUCAAACUUGAAUGCGUGGUUUGGUUCCGUCGGUGAACAGCGGCUUUGAAGCGGACGCCUUUCCUGCUCACCGCUACUGCGUGGUCGGCCAUCCGCGUUCCCAGUAGUCUUCCGGUUUCUCCAGCAUAAUUGCAUUGCCCUCAGCUGCACCCGACACGGUAAACAACUCCAGAUGUUUCUCUCCGUGGCAAUGUCUCUUUGGCCUCAUGAUCCGGUGCCUUAUGAUUGCCUUAGGUCUGUGUGCUACUCAAAUUCCCAAGGGUGUGAGAAGGCGGUUGAUGGCUUCUGGGACAUUCUUCACGUACGGUAGCGUUGGCCAAAAUUUGGGGCCGGCUGGAUUUCGCCUCUCGUCUCGUUUUGCGCAGGCACUGGUUGACGAAGUUGAGCGGGUGGCCAUUCACUCUAAGCACCUGUCGAAGGUAUUGUAAUUCAACAUCCUUUCUUCCGGUUCACUCCAGUGUGUUGCCACACGCUGAUACAGUGUCCUUAUGUAAUUGCAUUUGUCACUGAUUUGGUUUGGUGUUUGUAUAGUUCCUGAAUACAUUGGUUUUUUUGCCACCACAAUCUUUGUGGCAGACAAAGACAUCAAGAAAGACCAGCUAGUUGUUUUCCUAUUCCUCCAUCGUGAAUUGGAUGUCCGGAAAUAUGCCGUUGAGAUGGUCUUCAAAUUUCAGCUUCUGGUCCCGUUCGAUGACGACGAAGGCAUUAUCUACACACCGAGCUUACGCCAAUAAAACUCUUGUCCCAGCUAUCGUAUCUCCUUCUUUGGGACUGAAAAUUGUUUCUCUUGUGAAAACUGAACGGAAGAACCGAGAAAAAUACUCAUUUUGGUAUAUGCUGUCUGGUAUCUCCAAAGGGACAAAUAUUCCUGUUCUGUAGGUCUUAGACUAUUUGUUGGCGAUGACAUACACUGCCAAACAAGACGUUUGGAAUGGGUUGAACUGAUAAUAGGGGGUUCUGUUUGCCAAUUUAUUACGACUAAUAUGUGUGCCGAAGCGUCUGCUCUGAAAGACGAAGUUUCUACAUGUUUAUAACACCAACUGAAGAGCAAAAACACCUUCCUAGCGCAAGCGAAAGUUGCUGAUCGAAUAACGUCUGAGCGUUAAUAUUUGCAGAAAAUUAAAAUCAUUCUGUGCUCAUAAUAAGCACAAGCUCGGAAUCUGCCUCAAUUUUCACGACCAGUUUCCCUUACUAACUGGCUGCGCAAGCUAAUGCGCGUAAUUAACUGUCGGGCACUGUCACUAAGCUCAGUUAAUAGAGUUACGCAGAGAGGAAUUCAAGACCCAGUUUGAAAAUGCGUACUGAUAAGAACGAACACUACAAUGGGGGACUGGAGAGCCCACAAACUUCAAAAUCUGGUGUUAUUAUACAGGUAACGAAAAUCAAGAUUAAAUAAAUAUGCCCGAAGUUGCCGAGAAAUGUCAUCUUCUCUAGGGUCAAGUGGUUGGCCUACGAGCAUGCCGCAAUCGAAUAUGAGCAGUCCUCUUUUGUUAUAAUUUUGUUAAUAAAAACAAACACUAGAAGCGGCAGAUUUGUCCUGAGACUUUUCUUCGUCGCACUGUUCGGGCAAAUAUUCACUGGUACGUAGCCUGUUAGCGGUGUUACCUAUUGUUUGGUUGCCCUUCGAAUUAAAUCAGCCUUCUGCGGUAAUUUCUUUGUUGAUACCUGUCUGUGUUCGUAUGCCAUAAAAAUGCUGAAGAUAGGUCAAUAUUGACCGUCUUAAUUUCGUUCUCCCUGCAUAUGAAUUAUUGCUAGUGUGUAAAUAAGAGUAAGGCCCCGUGCUUGUUGUUCAAGACGCCUAUUAAGUCGUCAGGAUCGUCUCUCAUCAAUUUGACAACAAAGAACAUGAUGCUAUUAUUAUUUGAUAUCCAAAGAAAUCUAACUAUGCACCGCAGCACCCUCUAUCUUCAAAUCCACAAAUCGCACAAGAAUGCAUCAAUGAACAUCGUGCGAUGUCGGUGCCUCCUAAGGCUCUUCGCCCCCGCAUCGGGAACCACCGUAUGCUGGAUUAGUGCCCAGGCACUGCCUCUUCUAGAGUAGAGGGGUGUCCCUCCGGUCGUAGCUUGCAGUUGAAAAUGCGCCAAAAGAAGUAGCAGAUUGGCUAGUUUUCUUCCUGCAGUGUACGGUUUCUAUGACGUUUGGUGACGCGUAGGGUCACAGGUUUGACGCCAACCCUGCAGUUAGGACAAUGUCGUCCGACAAUGUAGUUUUUGAGGUGAUUUUAUUUUUAUACAAGGCCAAGAACUGACAGUUAAAAAUUCACACAGGAAACCAUUUAAAUGUACGUGCAAUAAGCCAUGGUGUUACAAAUCCACGCUGAUCCAGCUCUUCCUGGUUAUUUUUCCUUCGUGCGCACUGUGCAAGGACUUGUCAGUAAUUUUUCUGAGAAAAUCUCGAACCUCAUUCUUUCAGCACCAUUUUCUGUCGUUGUUUUUUGACUGUAAUUGUAACCGUUAUGAUCCUCUGUGCGACUUUUAUUUGACGAUAAGUGAUUUUCUUAUUCAACCAUCUACACAUACAUGACCGCCGAUUUUUUGUUUAACGUUGGCAAACAAAAACAGUCCUACUAAAUGCGAUCUAAAAACCUGCUAAUUGUCGUUAGAUGUAGGUUGAACGUCAAGUACCUCGCCUGGUUAUUCUAAUUGUGCCACUCAUUGGCUGUGCUUCAAAUUCUUACUAUCUAGCUCCCUAGAAUUUUGCCAUUACACAAUUUAUAAAAAAUCCUAUAAGAACUUCAGCAUGCACCCCUAUAUGCAAAUUUAUUUCGUUUCCAAAACAACUGACCCAAAGGAAUUCCUCCUCAGCAUUGGCGCCUGCUUGUUGGUAAUCCCUCAUAUUCGUGAGUCCUGCGAACCCAUUCCAACUCACCACACGGAUUUCUGUGUUUCAAUGGUCCUGCCCGAUUGUUGUAGUCACUUUGCCUGCGCUCUGACGUAAUAUCGAUCUUGGUCCAUUUCCACACCCACUGUUCCGAUAGUAAAACAAAGUCAGGUCGACGGAAGACUGACAUGGGUGUUGUCAGAAGUGAGUGCAAGACGUGAAAUAUAAAUGACUCAUGCUACCAUCCUAUCAGUUCCGUGGUAUGUCGCAGAAUAUCAAGGCGAAAAACCAGCACGAGAGCUCAAGUUGGCUCGGUGGCAAAUAAAAAUAUGUGAGCAACGCUAAGAGGAGAGACGUUCACCGAUAGUGGGGUACCUGUAUUCUGCCGUUUAAGUUAUCCUAUUUGGUUACCCACCUUUAGAGAUUGCAUAGCGCUUUGCACAACUCUCAUUAGCGCGCCUGUCACAUGCACAUUGUGCCUUACACGUAGAUCGCCAAUUCCGAAAGUGAGUGCUAAGCAAAUCUCCGUUUCGAUCUAUUGUCGAUCUACGCUUCAAAUACAAGGCGAAUUCAAUCUUCACGCUAGUGACAGUAGCGCACAGGGCUCUUUAGCCUCUUAAAAUGACUGAAUCCUGUAUUUGAAACGCCAGGACGGAAUUACACUUCGUAAUAAUAGCAGUUAAUACAUAGGGUUGGAUUUUGUCUUAGUAAACAGCUAGGUCAGGCGUCAAACUGAAGUUGUCCAGGUUUGUCUAACUACUCUGGAUUCUGCAGUAGACAGAACCGACUUUAGCUAAUAAGAUUCGUUCUAAAAGGCAUGCCUUGCAUGCACCAAUGAAUAGCAACCACGGCCGACUUGACUAAUAAAUUGUACGUAGCACUGUUUGUGGAAUACGUGCUAGUCCACGCUGACAUCGUCAAUUUAGUUACUUCGUUUUAUUUCAGUACGAUUUUUGUUAAACUACAAAGGUCGCACCUUUCGGUCUUAAGUUACUAACUUUCCGACUGUUAUAAACAUACUCGCUAACCAGGGGCAGAUGUUGCAAACUCGACGCCCAGGAGGACGGUUUGGCAUACGUUUCUCUUGCCUCCAGGUUAGGGUUUUCUCUGCUACCUCUGUAACAGUCAGCCGUCCUCACCAGGAUGUUCAUAACCGUCUUGCCUUAGUGGGACAUCGUGAAGUUCAGCUGCGCUAUGCAAAUUAGGAAUGAAUCACACGCAAUCAUAUAGCACGCCACUGCUGAGGCCUCACCUACAGACUCAAGUUCGAUGUCGACUAACGGACUGGCUACUGGCCCGAUGAAGACAAAAGUGUUCGACAAUUAGUUACACAGGAAAGUUCUCCGGCUUCGGCCUGUGGAUCAUGUCUUGGACGUGGUGCUUCACCACUGAUAAGUGGCAAUUCGUGUCAGUACCCAGGUAAAAGACUGUCUCUAGAUUGUUCGGCCACCCCUCAAGUAAAUGCCAGACAAAAACUCAUCCUCGACACAAUUUUUUCAAAUCCCUGUAUGGGUUGGUGCCGUCAACCCCGUAACCAAAAAUGAACGAAUGCAUUUAAGACCAAAUCGGAGGGAAUAUUAGAGUAAGACAACGACCCCUGAGCCUUCAAUCAACAACAGCAAGAUACGGAUCACAUUGACCUGUGAUGCCGUUGAUUUUGGGGCUCACUUAAUCACCAUUUGUGGCAAACUAUGCAGGUACCAGUAGUAAACUUCGCUAAUCAUUGUUUCUUUAGCCAUCGGAUUGUCUAUCGCCGUGAUGUCUAAUGAGCUGCUGAUUUAAAUUCAACAAAACUGUGCUUUUCCACACGUAAUCGAGGUUUCGUAGCCGAGAAAGUUGUCCAAUAACACCAUACGCGAUCGGCUUGUGUACUUGUUUGAUCGUCCUCGGGAUCCACUGGCUUUGUACCAUAUAUUAUUUACCACUUUUCCUCUCACAGAACGACCUGAUUAUAAUUAUUUGCAUUAAAACCCUUCAGAAUGGCUUUUUGCACAGCUAUGCCAGAGUUCGUUUCUAUCCAUGUCGUCGUCUGGUGUCCUUGCUAUUGCCAAAAAGAAUGUCGUUUAGGAAAUUUAUUUUCGAUGCCACUGUGUUUACACGAAAUUCAUAACUGUCAAGAAUCUAUAAUAUCCAGUACGCAAUCAUAACUUACCUACAUGCCUCUGCGGUCCCACUUAAGUCCCCGUAGCCUAAUACCAACUCCCGAAUUUCCCUUCCUCGUAUGGCGUUGAUGCACCUUAUUGGAUGGGAAACCUUACUUGACAAUCUAAGAUGACUUUGCUUAACCGACUAUACGACCUGGGUUUGUGCAGUUUCCAAGACACUGCUGGCUAGAAGUCACCUUACACGGGAUUUUUUUGUGGUAAAUAUGAUUACUAACGACAUUAUGUGCGAAGGCCACGCUGUACACUUCACCCACUGCUUCUCGUGCCCAGACUUACUAUUCUACCUAGGUGUUUGCGUUUAGUCCCCACAUCGCCAAAGUUCUUAUCCGGUGGGAGGUUGGCGUCUGUGUGUUUCACUGUUAUUAGAACUAACGUUGCCCUCGCAACGAGCUGCGCUGUAUGUGCGCUGAACCAAGACGGGGUCAGAUUGGUUCACGGCAUGCGUUAGUAGGGCUGCCUAGAGUCCACGCGAGCCUGCAGAAACUAAUAGUAGCACACCUAGGCGUAGGCUCCAUACAGUGUCAGCCAGCAGCGUUUAAUCCCAGCAUCAGAUGCUUGGCAGGCUCGGCCAGUCAACUGGUACAUGGGGGGAGGGGGGGAGGAGAGAGUGGGGCCGACUCUAGGGAAUCCACCCUCACGGCGUGUCAGCGCAUUCAUCAUUAUGAUAAAUUUCCCUCUGGCUCUUUAUGGCACUCACACGCACACAUGAGAUCCGAGCCGCCCUCGUGAAAGCUUCCUACACGUUGGAAUCAGUCUGCGCGUUGCACGCGUAGACGGAUUCUGUAGUCUUGUCAGCUGGUGCUUCCGAACCCAGUCCUGUUGUCUGGACGCUGCCCUGCCAUCAGAGCCAGCUGAGGGAGGAGAGAGUGCGGCAGAUGCUUCGUAAGUCUGCCUCACCGCAAACUAAUUCACGCACGAGUCUACAGCACUGCGCCCUCGUUGUAGGGCGCGCGAUGGACGUCGUCGUUCGCGACGGUCGAACUGCCGAGUAGAACCGACUCAUGGAUUAUCAGAAGCGGGCUGUUUCUACCCCGUUUCAGGACCUGUUGUGAAGGUCGAGGCGGAUUUGUUAUGCUGAUGCUCUUCCUAUGAGUAAUCCUACUGCUAGUUCAUCUGCCCAUUCCCAAUUAACGCUAGUCAUCUAACCUAUUUUUCUUGGGGAAUUAAGUACUACCUCCUGGCCUGCUUCCCUUUCUAGACAAAAACAAAUUAUUACACCACCACUGGCAUGACUCACUUAGCAGAUUAGGCGUCGUAUAUACCAAGAGGGUGGUGCGUUCUGAAUGUAGGCCAGGCAUUUUUCUUCCCAAGUCUGGGCUCAUGGCUGAUUAACCUCAGCACCAGAUAAGCAGACUGAUAUGCGGAGCUAGCCCUGACGGCACAGCGAGUCCAACUGGUCUCUUUUACGGACUACGGUAUGACAGGCUGUCUGCAGCGGUGAACAGCAGCAACCACACCUAGUAUUGCUGUCAACUACAAUUAAAGCCAACCCAGGCCUGUCUUGCCUCAGACGAGGGCUCCGCGUUGCUUUUAUUUUUUCCUUAUUCUACUCCUCAGUUCUUUUGCCUCUCCCGCCUGUCUCAUGCUCUGCUUGAUUCUCCCCUUAUAUCAGCCCCAGAUGCUACAGCCUGACUCAAUGCCUUCCCGUCGGCUGA